AAUGGUAAACAAACGCCUCGCUAAGCUAGUAGCGUGCUGAAAUCUCUCCAAAAUGUUGAUUAAAUGAAAGCGAAAGUGACUGACAGUCAUAGUAGCUGUGUUUGACAUUGUGCUACGCUUUAAUGAAGCAACGCUGAUAUUAAUAAGUGUUAGUUGAGUUGUAAUAGCGGCUGUUUUGCCACGUAUACCUAAGAACGUAACUGGUUGAUCGAUGGAGCAGAAGUUGGCAGAGUUCAGAGCCAGACGACGGGCUGAAAACUCUGCGAGGAUGGAUGAGAGUGCUGAUCCAAUAGAGGACACAGCUCCUGAAACUGGCUCGACAUCAACAACUGACAGUCAACAGACAGAAGAGACAGAAAGUAUCAGAGCUGCAACGCAGAGCUCUCAGAAGGAUCACAGUGAUUGGCUGUUGGACAGCGCUCUGGGAAGAUGGCUGGCAUCACGAAAACUUGUCCUCUCAAAUGUCACUUUGCUCAAAGUGCUGCUGUGGCUGGUGCUGCUCGGCUUGUUUGUUGAACUGGAGUUCGGGCUGCCUUUCUUCGUCAUCUCGCUCUUCUACUGGCUCUAUGAGGGACUCCGGAGCCCCGCUGCCCGAGAGCCUGGAGAACUCAGCGCUUAUUCUGUCUUCAAUCCAGACUGUCAACCUCUGCUGGGCGCUCUCACUGCAGAGCAGCUGGAGGGAGAGAUGGGUUACAGACCUCUGGCGAACAGAUGAAUCGCUUCUGAUUUGUCCUUUCAUAAAUGUAAAUAUUCAGGAAUAUAUGAGGAAAUACAGGGAUUUACAAUUAUGAUGAAGAAUACAUCGUUAAAUUGAGAUUGGCCUACUAACAGUUUUAUUCCUUUGGGAUUCAUUUGUGGUUUAAUACUGUUUAUAUUACUUGAGGUUGUGGAAGAAGCAUGUGCCACAUCAAAUAUUUGUUGUGCACAAUAUAAUGGGUGACAUUUUCCUGAAAAUGUGUCUUUCAUUCUUAACCUUUGCCUCUAUUUCCUGUAUUUAUAAAUGUGGGUCUGGUAUAAACAAUGGCUCAUCCUGAGUCACAUUCACUAAAAGGAUAAAUGGCAAGCUGCUUUAUUUAUAUGAGGAAAUGUUUAUAACUUUAAAUAAAUGCCUUUCCAAGUUUAAUCAACAA